AUGAACGUGGUGAUUUUGGAUACCGGCUGCGCCAACCUGGCCUCCGUCACCUACGCGGUGCGGCGCCUGGGCUAUCAGCCGGAGGUGAGCCGCGAUCCGGAGAUCGUGCUGCGCGCCGACAAGCUGUUCCUGCCGGGCGUCGGCACCGCACAGGCGGCGAUGGAUCAACUGCGCGAGCGCGAUCUGAUCGAACUGAUCAGGGCCUGCACGCAGCCGGUGCUGGGCAUCUGCCUCGGCAUGCAGCUGCUGGCGGCCAGCAGCGAAGAGAACGGCGGCGUGACCACGCUCGGCCUCAUCGAUACGCCGGUCAAGCAGAUGACCGACUUCGGCCUGCCGCUGCCGCACAUGGGCUGGAACCAGGUGUCCGCGCAGGGGGCCACCAUCUGUUCCGCGGCAUCGAUGACGGCGCCUACUUCUAUUUCGUUCACAGCUAUGCGAUGCCGAUAUGCCAGUACCAUCGCCCAGGCGAACUACGGCGAGCCCUUCACCGCCGCCGUGCAAAAAGACAACUUCUUCGGCGUGCAGUUUCAUCCAGAACGAUCUGGAGCGGGCGAUUACGGCCAACAGCGCGACUACGGCAACGAUCCGCUGCUGCGCCUGCAGGACUAUCAACAACAGGGCGCCCAGGUGCUGCACCUGGUCGAUUUGACCGGCGCCAAGGAUCCGGCGGCGCGCCAGAUCCCGCUGCUGCGCAAGCUGUUGGCGGGGGUUGACGACGUCAGCGCCCUGCUGGAGGCCGGCGCCACGCGCGUGGUGAUCGGCUCCACCGCGGUGAAACAGCCGCAGUUGGUGCAGAGCUGGUUCGAGCGCUACGGCGCCGACGCGCUGGUGCUGGCGCUGGACCGGCUGGCAGGAGGAUUCCACGCCACGCUGGAACAGGUGGUGGAGCAGUUCCUGCCCUACGGGCUCAAGCACGUGCUGUGCACCGACAUUUCGCGCGACGGUACGCUGGCCGGGUCCAACGUGGCGCUGUAUCAGGAGAUCGGCCGCCGUUAUCCGCAGGUGGCCUUCCAGGCCUCGGGCGGCAUCGGCAAUCUGGACGACAUCGCCCGCUGCGCGGCAGCGGCGUUGCCGACGGGCAAGUGGGAAAGCGUGCAGUUCCGCAACCACGAAAUCAUCGGCGACAUCGUGCCCCUGGCGCAGCGCUAUGCGCAAGAAGGUGCGGACGAGCUGGUGUUUUACGAUAUCACCGCCUCGAGCGACGGCCGGGUGGUGGACAAAAGCUGGGUAUCGCGCGUGGCGGAGUGCAUCGUGGUAGGCAUCGACACCUGGUUCGACAGUGAAACCGGCAAGUAUCACGUCAACCAAUAUACCGGCGAUGAGAGCCGCACCCGCAUCACCCAGUGGGAAACCCUCGACUGGGUACAGGAAGUGCAGCGUCGCGGCGCCGGUGAGAUCGUGCUGAACAUGAUGAACCAGGACGGCGUGCGCAACGGUUACGAUCUGCAGCAGCUGCGCCGGUGCGCGAGGCCUGCAAGGUGCCGCUGA